GGAUUUCACAGGAAGUCGUCAGUUAAUGCGACCGUUUGCUACGAUACGUUGCUACACCGGAGCUUUAAACACCAGCACCCUUUAACUUAAACGGCUUUACCGUCACAUACGCAGAGACCACACGAUCACUCAGCAUUCAGCACAUAGAUUCAGAGGCAAAUACAGCAGACUACUCACCUUCAGGAUGUUUCUUGUGUCCGGCAGCACAGCGAGAAGACGGUGGAGCCAGUGGACAGUCGACGUCACUGUCGGUCACCGGCAAUGGAGCAGGGUCAAGUGACUCUACUGGAUCACCAUGAGGCAAGCUUCAGAGGAUGGUGUCAGCGAGGUGCUGUCCAGCGUAGUGGAGGACGUUGGUCAGGCCAUGGACAGAAACAUCAGCGGUGCUCACAUCCUCCAUGAGCUGUUGAGCGCUCCGUGGCUGCGUGCCGUGUUGAAGAUGUACGAGUGCCUGUUGCAGUUCCAGAGAUUGACACCCAGACCCUUUUUGCCUUACGCUUCAGGACUCUCACAUGAGAUCAUGGCUGCCAUACAGAAAGUCCACCGUCCUUCAGCUGAAGCCCGAGAGCUCUACAAACUCCUCAGCUCUCCACACAUACAGGCCCUCCUGUCAUCCCAGGACAGUGUAGCUCAGUCGGACUAUGGGCCUAUUUUACCUCCUCUGCCUGACGAGAUGCCUGAGGAUGAGGAGGCCAUGAGGAUCGUCUGUCUAGUGAAGAACAACCAGCCGCUGGGGGCGACCAUAAGGAGAGACGAGGAGACGGGAGAAAUCUACAUCGCCAGAGUGAUUCACGGAGGACUGGCAGAUCGCAGCGGACUCCUUCAUCCUGGUGAUAUGUUAGUGGAGGUUAAUGGAAACCCUGUCAUGGGUCUGGAGCCGGAGCAAGUCAUUCAGAUACUGAUUAAUUCCCAUGGAACUAUCCUGUUUAAAGUUAUUCCUAACGCCGCUCAGAGCAGCAGCACACAGAAGUCGGUGUACAUGAGGGCCAUGGUGGACUACUGCCCCCUGCAGGACACCUCCAUCCCCUGUCUGAAUGCAGGGAUGGCGUUCAUUAGAGGAGACCUGCUGGAGGUGGUGGACCAGUCUGAUGCUCGGUGGUGGCAGGCCAGGAAGAUACCCUGUUCUGUUUCCUGUGCUGGUUUGAUUCCCUCUGCCGGCAUGUUGAAGAGUAAACAGAGGGAGCAGUGGUGGUGUCAGCCGUUACAGGUUCAUACCUGCAUCAGACCCUGUGAGAACUUAUUUUCAUCACCACUAAAUUCAAGGAUGAUCGUCCACAUGCAGAAGACAAACUCCUGUAUACAGAUGACUGAAGCUGAAGCCAGUGAUGGGAUCUACGUAGCCGGUUACAGGAGGAGUUUCCGUCUGUGGAGGAGGACGUCAUUCAAAAGGAGACGACAGUCCUGCACCUCCUGCUCGCCCAACAGCAAUGCUCUGAAUACCCCAUAUGAGGAGGUGGCUCUGUAUCAGCGCCCCCCGCAAGACAACCUCCGCCUCGUCAUCCUCAUUGGAGCUUCAGGUGUUGGAGUUUCUGAGCUGAGGAGGAGACUCCUCCGACACAACCCUUUACAAUUCCAGGGACCCCUACCUCAUACAACUCGUCCAAUCAGAGCAGGGGAGCAGAGUGGAAGAGAGUACCACUUUGUCACCAAGGAGCUGUUUGAGUACAUGGUGUGUAAUAACAGGUUUGUAGAGUACGGUGAAUUUGACAGUCACCUGUAUGGGACGAGCACUGAUGCUAUCGAUGACGUGCUGAGGAGAGGGAGGAUGUGCAUCAUCGAUGUUGAACCACAUAGCAUUCAGACUCUACGGACGAGGAAACUGAAGCCUUAUGUGAUUUUCAUCAAACCUCCGAGCCCGGACAGACUGAGACAAACCCGCAGAGACGCACAAAUCAUCACCAACUACACCCUCAACAGAGUGUUCACUGAGGAGGACUUUGUGGAGCUGGAGGACUCGUCCCGCCUCAUCGACUUAAAGUACAAACAGUUCUUUGACAGCGUGCUGGUGAACGAUGACCUGCAGGACGCCUGCAUACAUCUCUGCUCCAUCAUCCAGGAGGCACAGACGGAGCCACAGUGGAUCCCCGUCAGCUGGAGCCGGUCCGAGGAGUAGAGGAGUAGAGGAGACGAGGAAAGGAGGAAAGGAGGACACAAGGAGGGGAGAUAACAACGACAGGAUGGGACUGAGAGAACUUUAAGAAUCAGCCUUUUCAGGAACACAAAUAUUCAACCUCAGGGACAAAUCAAAGCUGCACUUUUUCAGAGCUUUAGCUGCAUGACAAAAAGUAGUUUGAAUCCUUACUGAUCAAUUAUUUGUUGUAAGGCUUGCUCACUAUGAUAAAAUAUAAUGCAAUGAGUGUCUAAUAUUAUAAGUUGCACGUCCUCCAAUCAGCAGGAAGCAACUUUUCUUCAUGUUUAUUGAACAAUUUGAGUUUUGAAAUCUGCGACAAAGCACACAUUUAAAAAAAAAAAAGAUUAUUCUGCAUUUUUUUCUCCUCACAUUUAAAACUCAAAACAUGACAACCAUGGAUAAAUAGUCACAAUAAACAACACUGACAAGAACUGGCUCUGUGGGAGGUGUUAGAUGACCAGUAGGGGACAGUAUAACCCUAACAAAGAUCAAUGCCUUGUGAUAAAACACUUUCAUCCUCAUCAGAAUGUUAUAGUCUGUAAAAAAUGACUGAGGCAGGAAAGUCUCCAUCAUUGCUUCGUCUUUGCACAUUAAUCCUCCUGUCAGACGUUCUGAAUGUGAAGGAUGUUGAUGUUUAAGUGCUUUUGCCAAGAAAUCAGUCAAAGGGGAUCUCACAAAGUUUUAAAUUUAAACUUCCAUCACUGCAGAGUGUAAAUUCUAUAAAACUUCUCAUCGAGUUCCUGAAGUAGCUGUGAACUCUGCGUGGCUGUAACUCAACGUCUGCUUCCGUGUGACUGAAGACUGAAGUCUCCUCUGAUCAUCACACACAGUUUGAUUUAAGUGAAAGUGAAACUGUGUGUAAACUGUGUGUGUGUGUGCUGAUUAAAGAUCAAGAUGAAAUCA